AAUUUCUCCAAGGCGGCAGACAAGCCUCUGGCUUCUUUCCUGAGACAUCCAGCAUGUACACAGAUUCUUCAUACCACCCCAGCCAACGUCAGAGAGAACCCUGCGAAGAUACAAGGUCAUCAUGUUGGCACAUGGACUCUUCUGGAUUCCCUGCAUAAUGCUGGCGAGUCACAUCGUACUACAGGUGUGUGGUCAAGGAUCAAACCGGUUGAAGCUGACGGUCCUGUCAGAAGACAGGCUGCAGAUGAAGUGGAAAGAGACGGAAGGAAACACCAACGGGUACAAAGUUCGCGUGAAGCCGAUGGCAGGAGAUUCUGAACAGGAGGUCAUGCUCAAAACCAAGACUGCCAAAGCCACGGUGGGGGGGCUGAGCCCCACCAAGGAGUACACGCUGCAGAUCUACGUCCUCAACGGCUCCCAAGAGGCUCUCUUUGUCAAGAGGCGAUUUGUGAUUGAAGAGCUAAAAAACUUCUCUCAAGUUAGAAAUAACAGAAGGAACCCGACAAGCGCCCCAGAAAAGGCGGAGACAUUCCUGGGGACCACAGCUGCUGAAUACAUCCUGGAGACUGAAGCCAUUAUCUCUCCUACCAGCGAAACUCUGAUAAGAAAGGAUGAGCUAGACCAGAAAAGACCCAAAGCAGCCGUACCCAAAGGUGGGGUUGAAAAUGUGCCCACUGCAGAGCCAGCCGUGAAGCUGUCGCCCCUGACAACCAUGAGGAUAACGCCUCUUCCAAGUCAGAUGGCGUUUGAAAUGGACUAUCUGGCCCAGGAGAAAACUGCUAGGGAUGGCUUAAGGAGAGUUUCUAACUUCCAGUGUGACUCCUCCGCGACGACUGAUAUUGUCCUUCUGGUGGAUGGUUCCUGGAGCAUCGGCCGCAAUAAUUUCAGGCUCAUCAGAGAAUUCCUGGCUGCUUUGGUGGCGCCGUUCAACAUUGCUGAGGAGAAGAUCAGAGUAGGCUUAUCCCAAUACAGCAGUGAUCCACGCACAGAAUGGGACCUGAAAACGCACACCACCCGGGAUGAGGUGUUAAAUGCAUUGAGGAGCUUGCAGUACAAAGGAGGCAACACUUUCACAGGACUUGCUUUGACCCACGUUUUGGAACAGAAUCUGAGGCCUGAAGCCGGAGCUCGGCCAGAGGCUCCCAAAGUGAUCAUCCUCUUGACCGACGGCAAAUCGCAGGAUGACGCCAGCCCCCCUGCGCAAACCUUGAAGAAUAUGGGAAUCGAGAUCUUUGCCAUUGGAGUGAAAAACGCCGAUGAGGCAGAAUUGCGCCAAGUGGCCUCUGAGCCUUUGGAGUUGACGGUCUAUAAUGUCUUGGACUUCCCACUGCUCAGUUCUCUGGCUGGCCGACUGACGCGAGUCUUGUGUGUGCGAAUUAAGGAGAAGAACAAGGAGGAGAACACAGAUGACCUGGUGAAAACUGCUCCGGUGAACGGCAUUGCCCAUCUGAGCCCAUCCAACCUGGUCGUAAAAGAGGUGACUGCCAGAAGUAUGCACCUCAUCUGGAAGCCUCCACUGAUCCCACCCAAGAAGUACAGGGUGGUCUACUACCCAUCCAGGGGCGGGAUCCCCAAAGAGGUGGUUUUAGAUGGUUCUGCCUCCUCUGCACAGCUCUUCAACCUCACUUCCCACACUGAAUAUCUGGUUUCGGUAUUUCCCAUUUAUGAGAACGCGGUCGGAGAUGGACUCCGAGGUAUCACCUCAACCUUGCCUCUGUCUGCUCCCCGGUCCCUCCGAGCAUCUGAAAUCAGUCACAACAGUAUCAAACUCACCUGGCAGCCAGCAGAUGGCGCCACGCGGUAUCUGGUACUUUGUUCUUCAGCACCCAACGGAGCGAGCGACCAUACUAAAGAGGUGAAAGUCGUAAAGACUGAAGUUCUGCUUGAGGGGUUGUCUCCCAGCACUGAAUACGCGCUAGCUGUGUAUGCGAUGUAUGGAGAAGAUGCUAGUGACCCCACAAGUAUCCAGGAAACCACAUUGGCCCUGAGCCCUCCGCCCCGCCUGAGUUUCUCAGAUAUCAGCCAUGGUUCCAUCAGGGUUAACUGGGAGGCGACCUUGCGAGCUGUGAAAACUCACCGAGUGACCUAUAUGUCCAGCAGGGGGAGCAACACUGGGGAGUUGGAGGUUCCUGGCAAUGUUUCAUCUGCUGUGCUGAAGCCUCUGUCAUCACUGACAAAAUAUUUUGUCAGCGUGACUUCCAUUUACGAUGAAGGCGAAUCCUUUCCAGUUACGGGCAAUGUUACUACAUUAAAGGUGCCGCCGCCAAGCCACCUGAAGGUCACGGAGCUCUCGGGAAGUGAGAUACGGCUGGAGUGGGAAGCGAUCGCGGCGUCCGAUGUGGUGGUCUACCAGAUCAAAUGGAACGUGCUUGGUGAAGGGCGGUCGCAGGAGCUCUCCGUGGCUGGGAACUUGGCUGCCGCUGUCCUGCCUGGUCUGAAAAAGAACACCGAAUACCAGAUAUCAAUUUGGGCGUAUUACAAGGAUGGAGCUCGGAGUGAUACAGUCUCUGUUCGGCACAGGAUCACCACCAAGAAUCCUCCUGCAAACCUCUUUGUGGAUUCUGAGACUCCCAACAGCCUACAAGUCCAUUGGAGUCCUCCAGAGGGCACCGUGCAGCACUACAGACUCACCUACACCCCAGAAACCAGCCAGAAGCACCAGGAGAUGAUAAUGCUUUCGGGGAAAAGCCGGGCCGUCACACUUCACUCACUCCUUCCUGGUACAGUGUACACCGUGACAGUUUCUGCAGUCUACGCCACAGGAGAGAGUGAUCCCAUCUCUAUGACUGGCCAGACAGCCCCAGCCAUGGCCAGGUUGCCCACAUCAAGAGGAUCCAUCCUGUUCAAAACUGAUGCCUGUCCUGCCCUCAACUCCGCUGACGGCUCUCUACGAGGGUUUGAUCUGAUGGAGGCAUUUGGACUCCAGGAAAAAGAGUAUGCCUCCAUUAAAGGAGUGGCGAUGGAGCCCUACAUCUUUCUAGGAACUCACACAUACACCCUCUACAGAGAUAUCCAACUGACCCGCCAAACAAGUGAAGUGUUUGCUUCUGGAAUUCCCAGCGAGUACACCAUCACCUUCCUACUCCGACUUCUGCCAGAGAGCCCCAGGGAAUCCUUUGCCGUGUGGCAGGUGACGGACGAAGACUUCCAGCCCCUUCUGGGCAUUGUACUUGACCCCAACAAGAAAUCCUUGGCCUAUUUCGGGCGUGACCACGAUGCUGAUGUAGAAGAAGUCGCCUUUGAUCAACCGGACGUGAAGAAGAUUUUCUACGGGAGCUUCCACAAGGUGCACGUCUCCGUGAGCCGUUCCAGGGUCAAACUGUAUAUCGACUGCAAGAAAAUAGCCGAGAAGCCAUUUGGAGCUUCAGAGAAUGUCUUGACUGCUGGCUUUGUCAUGCUGGGGAAGCUGACGAGGACCCGAGGACCACGGAGUGGGUCGGCAGCGUUCCAGCUGCAGUCACUGAAGAUCGUGUGCAGCAGUUUGUGGGCAGAAGAAGACCGAUGUUGUGAGGUCCCAGCACUGAGGGAUGAAGAAGUCUGUCCCAGCGUCUUUCCUUCCUGCACCUGUACGUCGGGGAUUCCAGGUGUUCCGGGACCCCCAGGGCCUCCAGGCAGUCCUGGAAGGAGAGGACCACAGGGGGAACAAGGAGAGCCGGGCCCUAAGGGUGCACCAGGGCCACCCGGACAGGUUGGGCCAGAAGGUCCAGGAGGACAUCAAGGGACACCAGGCUCCCAAGGAUUAGCUGUGCAGGGUCCUAUUGGACCCCCAGGUAUUAAAGGUGAUAAAGGAGACAGCGGCAGUCCAGGAAUUCAGGGUAUUAUGGGCCCCCAGGGAGCUCCAGGGAAAGAUGGAAUUCAAGGCGCCAAGGGUGUUCGAGGCCUAGAAGGCACGGCUGGGCCUCCAGGGCCACCAGGACCACGGGGUUUCCAAGGAAUAGCAGGGGCAAGAGGUGGCCCUGGAGAGAAGGGCCCCCCAGGAGAAGUUGGACCAACGGGGCUUCCUGGUCCAAAAGGAGAAAGGGGAGAGAAAGGUGAACCACAGUCCAUAGCUACCAUCUAUCACUUGGUAAACCAGGCCUGCGAGCGUCUGAUUCAGUCUCACGUGCUGAAGUUUGACUCGUUCAUCCACGACCACGCGAGGAAGCCUGCUCCCAUCUGGGAAGACAAACUGAAAGCAGGAGAGCCCGGCCCCCCAGGCCUUCCGGGGCCCCCAGGCAUGAAAGGAGAACGAGGAGAAGUGGGGAUGCCUGGGCAGCCUGGCAGAGACGGAUAUCCGGGGGAACGAGGUUCUCCAGGACUCAAAGGGGAGAAAGGUUCUUCUGGACUUCAUGUGGAUGGCUUACAAGGCCCAAGAGGUUGGACAGGCCCAGCAGGAGAAGCGCCACUCGGUAAGCAGGGACCCAAAGGCACCCCUGGCAGCACUGGUUCCCCCGGGUUUCCCGGGGCUAGAGGCCAGCCUGGAGAACCUGGCCCUGCAGGUGGAUGUGUCACUUCUGACUGCUAUGAAGAAAACCUGAGAGAGCUGAUUCCCUGAUGGCACAAGAUGCGGUCGCCAUUUCCAACCCCACUGCUGGAAACGUUUGUUUACAGAAAGGACCUCUGCAGCUCGGAGACUGGUGUUUCCCCCCCUCAAUGGCACCAUUUCUGCCCACUGGUUUCUCAGAGCAAAAUCAUCCAGCCGUAGACGAACGAUCCCUGAAUGUGCAUCUCUGCCUUGUGUGUGUGUGUGUGUUUUUUUUCACCCCAAGUUCUUCAUCUCACACGCUCUCCGAGGGUCACUGAAAUGAUACCUUUAGGAGGUCAUCUCUACAAUAACGCCGUGGAUCAUUUGAUGCAAUCCGGACUUAUUCCGUUCCAUUGGAGUUGACUUCACUGCAGUGUUGCUUCAUGCCCGUUAAUGGCUUUCACUGCAGUUGACUUCAUGCCCGUUAAUGGCUUUGCUGUGUUGCCUUCAAGGUCUCCGUAAUGGUGGCUUAGCCGGUUCGUAUGUUGAUUCUCGGUAAUUAAAGUAAUUAAAGGACUUGUCCUCGGUAAUUAAAGGAGUUCUGAGCAAGUGACAGAGACGGCAGUCGCAACAAACGAGGGGGCUGCAUUACCCGUUGGCAAGCAAAGGGACAGCUUUUAUAUUAUUAAAAAUCUUUGUUUCUUC